AUGUUUUUCACUGGAAGAACACAAAAAGUCAAACCAGAAGGACAAGUCGUGUUUUUCAUCCGAACUUCCGAAGAGUUGCCAUCAGCUAUAUAUGCCAUUGCUACUGCCGUGCUUCCGUUUAAAUCACUGACCCGCAGGGUACCCAGUAUAUCAAUCUUGUUGCAUUGGGUUUUACCCAAUUUAAACGGGCCCCAUCGCGUGGAUCUACUUGAAUCAAGGCCGGAUACCGGCCGGGGCAAGUUAGACUUCACUCACUCUGCUACGGAAUACAAUGAUUAUCUCGAAGGUAAACUAAUAUCAGGAUGGCGUUACGGAUGUCAAUUUUACUCAAAUGAAGCUUUGCGAGAUUUUGCAAGUUAUAUUGAUUACAUCCUAGGCAAAAGUCCUCAUAGCAUGAGCUAUCUUGUAGGCUUUGGGGAUCAUUCCCCACAUCAUGGUGCACCACAUAGGCUCUUCAAUUCUAAACAACCAAAUCCAGAUACUAUUGUUGGAGCUAUGGUUGCUAGCCCAGACAAGUGGGAUGGUUUCCGGGAUAUCUGCUCCAACUUAGGCAACCAUUGCAGGAAAUGCAGGUUUGGCAGCUGCACUUUGUGGCUUUGUCGCGUGGAAGCACUUCAAAGCUUGAAAGGAAAACAUAUUCUGUGCAAUCCCUCCUUUGUGGAUAUAUGGACCCCCGCCACCAGUACCGUGGACACGGAUGCUUCUAAACUCACCUCUCAAGCAGGGGAAAAAAAAGAAGCAAUUAUGAUUAGGUGA